AUGAAUAGAGAGUAUGACGAAGGCUUAGUUUCUUAUAAAACCGCGUUGAAUGAUUUAUCUGAUUUGACUGAAAGUGAAUUCCUCAUGAUGAAUGGAUUUCGAUUGUCUAAUGUAACUGGAAAACGACGCACUCGAAAAGCUAGUGGUUUUUACAAAUAUAAUGAAACCGAAAAAUUGCCGAUAUCAGUUGAUUGGAGAAAAAAAGGGAGCGUCACACCGAUCAGAGCGCAAGGUGAGUGUGGCAGUUGUUAUGCAUUCAGCGCAAUUGGGGCAUUAGAAGCUUAUCAUAAGAAGAAGACUGGAAAACUUAUCGAUUUAUCUCCGCAAAAUAUCAUCGAUUGCACACGAGUGUACGGUAAUCGCGGUUGCAGUGGCGGUUAUCCGAUUUCGGUCUUUAGAUAUGCCAAACGAUUCCGCAUUGCGGCAGAAUCGAAGUAUCCAUAUGUUUUUGGUGCCGGAAAGAAUUGUAAGUGGGGAAAAAAGAAAGCUGUUGCCACCACUGUUAAAGGUUUUUUUGUAAUAGAAAGCGGUGACGAAUUGGCACUUAAGCAUGCCAUUGCUAAACAUGGACCCGUUACUGCUGGAAUUUCCGGAAGUCAAAGCGGUUUCAAACUUUAUAAAUCCGGUAUCUAUGCCGAUAAAAAUUGUGGUAGAUCAAGCCAUGCAGUGUUAAUUGUCGGUUAUGGAAGCCAUAAGACUCUCGGAGACUAUUGGAUUAUUAAAAACAGCUGGGGAACUAACUGGGGAAUAAACGGAUAUGCUUAUGUAGCACGAAAUAAAGGAAAUAUGUGCCACAUCGCUUCAGUGGCCUCAUUUCCUAUAUGA